AUGGAACGAGUGGGUUUUAAAAAAGGUGUGCUGACUGCAAAAUCUAUUGUAGCUCAACAGUCUCCGCCUAAACCCAGCCUUUAUAUAAACAUCAAUAAACUCAACACCUCCUUUUUCAGUCACAAAAAUACUCUUAAAAGAGAAGAAGUUGCAGUCAACAACUCAGACUUCUUAUAUCAAUUAAUUACAUUCAAACUUGAACACGGACACCUAGCCUGGAAGGCUGAGCGAAAUCGCAGGAACACAAAGGACUCUGGUGCCUGUGCGGAUUCUGAUAGCUCAGAUUCAGAUGCGGACCCGGCGUCACUCACAAAUGACUCAGCUCAAACUUAUGAAUUUAGAAAAUCUAACGACAAAGUAAAAAGAGCAAAGGAUAGAUUAUCAGCGGUGAGAGGGGUUGUAUCAUCUGAAUAA